GACUUCACACACCAGGUCUAUUGUCAGAGCGCCGACCGCAGAGGUGACAUCACGGUCUGUGCUAGGAGGGAAGAGGACGGGGUCACGAGUCAUCAGCAGGAAGAGCUGAUCUAUCCUCAGAAUAACCACUAAACAACAACAAAAUGAGAAUCAUCACUGCAGCGAUUCCUGUGGUUCUGCUUGGUGCAGCUGCUUUGACGUUAACUCCUGCUGCAGCCUCACAAGUGGGCCUGAAUGAAAAAGUCCUGGUCUUCCCGUUUGAGACGGACUUCAGCUUCGUGGCCCUGAUCCCGCAAAAGGAGAUGGCGCUCCGGGCCUUCACCCUCUGUCUGCGUGUGGCCACUGAGCUGCCAGAGGAGCGUCAGAUCAUCCUGUUCGCCUACCGAACAGCCAACUAUGAUGAGCUCAACGUGUGGCGUGAAAAAGACGGCCGCAUCUCCUUCUAUAUGAGUGGCGAUGGCGCCUUCUAUCACCUGCCCCCCCUCAGCACCUUCCGCACCAGCCUCUGCCUCACCUGGGAGUCUCGCACCGGCCUUGCUGCUUUCUGGGUGGAAGGGAAACGCAGCACCUACCAGGUCUACAAACCUGGCCAUAGCAUCCGUCCCAAAGGCACCAUCCUGCUGGGCCAAGACCCAGAUAAACACCUGGGGGGCCUGGAGGCCUCGCAGAGCUUCGUAGGAGAGCUGACCGACCUGAACAUGUGGGACUUUGUGCUUUCUAGGAGCAUGAUCCAGGCCUGGCACUACGGACACAAGGUACCCAAGGGAAACAUCUUCAACUGGGGCACCAUAGAGUACGAGCUGAAUGGGAAUGUGAUGGUGGUAGAUGAUGACUGACGUGACGGGCAGUCCAGUGCAGACAGGGGUCAGGCUGUGGAAAGGAGUGCUGGACUGAUACUGGUGUGUCUCUGUCUCUCCCUGGUUCAGUUCCAGAGAACAUGUCUGUGCUGGGUCACACAGAGCCUCUGAGUAACCAAGAAAGGACAACAAGGAGGUUUCUUGUUUUCUGCAACGCUACUCACUCAAAAAUAAACUGUACUUAUAAUUAAACGAUUCUCAUCCUCACAUUUAAUCUUAUAUCUGAAAACUUCAUCCUGAAUAUCUGUAAGAACACACGUGAUUAAACCAGAGCGAAGGCUGGUCUAUUUAACAGCAGUUCAUCACCAAAUCAUUUUAAGUUUAUGCUAACAUAACAGUCCGUCAGGACUGAAUGAGUCAUCAUUAGGAACAAAAAGAUUAUGCAAAACGUGGCAAAUCCUCUGAAAAGGUCACAAGACCCACCUGGCAUACAGGCUGUGUGAAGUUUCUGAACAUGCACUCAAACCUGAGAGAGGCUAAAAGCCCGGCAGCGGCUCCCGCUAGGAGCUAGCUGGUUCUGCUGGAAAUGUGUUCCUGUUAAAUGAUGUUUUCCGUCCCACUGUCCCCCACUGUCCUAACCAGGAUGAUGUUGAAGAUUGAACUGGUUUUCUUAGACUUGACAACAUUUUGCAAAUAAGCAUAAUACUCUACUGAAUCAACUGCUUUGACACGAAGCUUCUUGUUUGUUUUGUUUUCAGUGAUUUAGGAUUCUUUAUGGAAUCCUGUGGGGCUGCUGCCCUGCAUGUUCUAGUUGUUUCCUGCUUCAACACACCUGGUUCAAUUGUUCUUCACAAGCUUGUUGUUCAAACUAGGAGAGUUGGUGAAGAUCAACACGCAGGUAGUGGCCCUAGGAGACCAGGAUGGUGUAGCCCUGCUCCAGUUCCUUCUAAGGAAACAGAAAUGGAAGUUGUUUAUCUAUCGUUUUAUGUGUGAAAUGGUGGAAGUGAAGUUGAGCAUCUAGAGCAGUGGUUCCUGAUUGGUGACCCCUAAGAGGGUCCCCACAUUCUUCUCUAUGAUGAGGUAGUGAGGUUACCAAGCAUAUAUUGGUAAAAUGUACCAAAAACACACUCAAUAGUAUAAUCAAAGCUCUGUAUAAGAGUUAUAACUCUGUAUGUCUGUUUAAAGUUUAAUGUGUGGAUGUGGGCAGGUGUUGGGGUUGUGGCUUGUCUAGAACACAGGGACUAACUAACUGGAGGACCAAGAGACAAAUACAAAUAAGAGAUGUUCAGGUAGAUUUAGAAAAUACAUGACAUCACAAAAAAUAGAAUCGACAGAUAACAACAACAACAAUAAUAAUAAUAAUAAUACAUCCAUAUUCUGUACCAAGCUCAUCUAAAUUUAUAGGAUGUAAUUCCAAAGAACAGUUCAUGUUAGAUAAAGAGUCUAACUGGUCUUUUCCUUCUAUUAAUAAAUCGUUUUUACUUAUUUAAUUAUAAAGCUGUGGUUGUUGUCUAACUGGGUGUUAGAUCUAUGAAGGUUGCUUAAAGAGCAAGUCACCCCCUACCAGAGUAUUACUCCACUCCCACUUCCUGUUUGAAAAAUGCAACAAAUGCUGUUGCCUAGCAGACCGAGAGGGUGGGGCCGCUAACAAAUACACACACACAGACACACAGGCUCACAACGACAUUGUGACAUCAUAUGGUACCAGCUAACGUUCUAGGGUACCUCUUAGCCAAUAGAGAUGGCCGAUUUAAAUUCAAAUUCAGUGCAGAGUUUUUACCUGACAACGGCACAACACUGACAGUUUUAGGCAGAAAUUUUAGAUUUUAACUAAAAUGCACUGAAGUGCAAAACUAUUGGGUACACGUGUCUGCAGCAUGAUUAGACACGCAAUUAUAUAGUUUCUCAGAAAAAAAAGUUGAUUUGGAAGUGACUUGCUCUUUAAUUGAAUUUCUUAAUUUUGUCGCUAUUUUCUACUUGACCAUUGUAACGGAAUUUCUGGUUUCUGUGUUGCUGCAUGUCUGUCAUGGAAGUUAAAUACCACAUGUGUCCACAGGGUGGCGCUCUUUACCUUGCCUCACCAUAGAACUGCUUCAGUCACACAUUUGGCUACACCAAUAACUAAUUAAGUAAAAAAGAUUUUUAAAUACACUAAAAUGUCUUCAACUUGGCUUCUUUGCGUGUAAAAUAUAAAAUACCAAAUAAAACCUUUUGUUGUUCUUUUC